AUGGCAGACAGCGAAUGGUAUAGAGGACAAAUUGUGUUCCUUACAGGAGCAACCGGCAAUCUCGGCGGCUGCUUGUUAUACAAGCUAGCUAUCCAGCUUCCAACGGCAAAAAUAUUCGUGCUAGCGCGAGGGUCCGUCCAAAGGGCAAUUGAAGCAUGGGAACAGUCAAUGCCAGAGCAAGUGGAAGAAAUUAUCGCAACUUGCAAGAUACAGUUUGUCCUUGGUGAUAUGACCCAGCCUAACCUCGGUUUAUCAUGUGCCAACCUAUCACGCCUUCAGAAUGAGGUCACCGCGGUGAUCAAUGCUGCUGGAGACAUCGCUUUGUCCCGAAAUCUCGCAGAAACAAUACCAAUCAAUUGCACUGCCCACUUAACGUUAACUGCUCUACUGGAUACCUUCCUUAAGUUGGAGCGCUUCCUCCAUGUAUCAACAACAUUUGUCACCAGCUUCCUCCCGGACGGGGUGGUCAAAGAGCAAGUCUAUGCGUUAUACGAAGAUCCAGUCCAGGAACUAGGGAAGAUUCUUGUUACAGGAGAGUCUUCUUAUACCAGACAAUUCGCAGCCCCCUAUGCAUUGGCUAAGCACCUGGCGGAAUGUUUGCUUGUGGGUGGAGACCAUAAAUUUCCCAUUCUGAUAGUGCGCCCGUGUCUCAUCUCCCCUGCUAUUGAGGAACCUUUCCCGUUAUACGGCAGUGAUGGUGCAAUACCGGUACACUCGUUUUUCCAGAUUCUCAUGGGCGACUCGGAGUAUGGACCCCUCAAGCUCGAGCCGAAACUACCCUCAAAUGUUGCCUGCAAUGAGAUCCCCGUUGAUCUUGUAGCGCGUACUUGUCUAGCCCAUCUCGCCGAAGGAACCACUGGUAUAGUCCAUGCCAGUGCCGAACUAUAUGUUCACUGGACAAUUGGGGAACUUCUGGAACGCAUGCGCCGCGACGCGCCCGAAGGAGCAGCUGAGCAAGUAAGAAAGGCCGGUAUCGACCAUGGAGAAGUCACGGCGCCGGAAUUCUUCAGCAUGAUCCAGCAAUUUGCACGCGAUUGGCAGAUUGAAUGCACGAGAUCUGCACACCUGAAACAAGUUUCGGGUCCUUUGGGACUUGAUAUUGGCGGUCAUGAUCCAGAGGGCUUUUUCAAACAACGCAUCGAGCGGUUGGCUAAAUCUCUGCUGGGAAAGCUGGAAAGUGCCAAUCUGACAGCCAACAAGAUGUAUCCCAACCUGUCUUCCAAUUUUUUGCACCGAGCUUAA